CUGAAAGUAUAAUAAAUUUCGCAAUAGCGGCGACUCGGCUCGGUUCUUAAUUAAUUCCUCGCAAUUGAAUGCACAAUGUUUGCCCUGUGAUCGGCGUCGGAAGACAGGAAUAAUGAGCGUUAGCAUUGUGCAGUACUACGGCAGCCAGGAGGGCAAGUGCGGCUACUGCGGCGGCACCAACUGCAGCCUGUCGCACGGUAUGCACGCCUAUCGGCUGGACUGCCAGGACUACCAGGACCUCAUCGAUCGCGGCUGGCGGCGCUGCGGCAACUACUGCUACAAGCUGCGCAACCAGGAGACCUGCUGCCCGUGCUACACCAUCAAGUGCGACGCGCUGGAGUUCAAGCUGUCCAAGUCGAACAAGCGCAUUCUGCGCCGCAUGAAUCGAUAUUUGCGCGACGGCAAGCGGGACUCCAAGCCGGAUGGCGGCGACGGGGAGGGGGAUCCGGGUGAUCUGGAUGGCGAUGAUGUCACAGUGGCUGGCGAAGCUGCUUCCAGCGAACCGCAACCCCAGCUGCCCGAUAAGAGUCCGGCUGUUAUCAACGUGGAUCAGGUUGCGUCACUGGCACGGGCUCAGAAAAAGCCGUCCGCCAAGCAGGCGGCUGCUUCAACGGCUGAAGCUCCAACGCUGGGCUCCAAUAAAUCUGCAGCACCGAUCUCAAACGCUCCGCGCAAGAAGGCCAAGCAAAUGCGAUUGGAGCGCAGGCAGGCCAAGCUGGGAGACACCGCCGCAACCUCAACGAAAUCCGUGUGCCAGGAGAAGACCCUUCGUGACUUCCUGUCGACCGACAGCGAGACGAACAAACAUCAGCUUAAGAUCGUUUUGGUCGCUUCCUCAGACACACAGCGCACUUGUGCCGAUGCAGUGAUCGCGCUCUAUCGCAAAUAUCAAAUAACCAUUCACAACGAUAAUCCCGCACGCCUCACCCUAGCUAGUAUGCAGCGGUUCUUGGUCAAAUCACCCCUUAAGAAUGAAAAACCUAGCGAUGGUCCCGAAAUGGGCUAUGGAUCCUUCCAUCAGCAGUAUUGGCUGGACGACAAGUUGAUUGCCGUGGGCGUAAUAGAUAUUCUGCCCGCUUGUGUAAGCUCUGUUUACUUCUUCUACGAUCCGGACUAUAGCUUUUUAUCGCUGGGUACUUAUGGCUCUCUUAGGGAAAUCGACUUGGUGCAGUCGAUCGCCGAGAAUGUGCCUGCCUUAAAGUAUUACUACAUGGGCUUUUACAUACACUCAUGCCCCAAAAUGCGCUACAAGGGCAAAUUGUCCGCCUCAUAUUUGCUAUGCCCAGAGACUUAUGAAUGGCUCCCACUUACCGAUGCCAUUCGUUCUAAGCUAGACGAACAAAAAUACCAACGCUUAAACUCAGAUGCUGCUGCCAGGGAUGUGAAUGAGUUCCUAAUGGAGCAUUUGGACGAAGUUAUGCUGCUUUUGGAUGCUAAAACCUGUGCAGACUACAAACACUAUGUGCAGCAGUUGCGCGGCCCAGACACCGAUGUCGAUACGAUUAUUGAAUAUAGUAAGCUGGUGGGAAAAGUCUGUGCCCAUCGCAUGCUGUAUGUGAAUAUGUUGUGAAAGAUAUCAACUGAACUUGAAUUUAAUUUGUUUGGCGUGUGUGUAAGUCAAGUAGAGUUAAUAAGUGAAAUUACUUUGAUUGUUUAUACUCAGUUGGCUUUUAGCAAAGAUGUACUCAAACAAUUCUCCAAGAUGUUGAAAUUAAAUAAUUUUUAAAACUGCUGCCAUAAAAUGGUUACUGACCAAA